AUGGACGCGUCGCAGCUCCAACGACGGGUCGUGAUCCACCUCGACCUGGACUGCUUCUACGCGCAGGUUGAGGCGAAGCGUUUGGGCAUCGACCCGUCCGUCCCCCUGGCGGUGCAGCAGUGGAGCGGGCUCAUCGCGGUCAACUACCCCGCGCGGCACCGAGGCGUGAAGCGGCACCUGAACGUGACGGAGGCGAAGAAGCUCGUGCCCGAGCUGGUGUGCGUGCACCAAUCGCGCAAGGUGAGCCUGCGCCGGUACAGACGCGCGUCGUGGAGGGUCAUGUCCGCGCUGGCGGACCGGUGCGAACACGUCGAGCGCGCGAGCAUCGACGAGGCGUACGUCGACGUCACGCGCGAGGUGGACGCCGCGAUCGACGGACGAACCAACGCCGAGAUUGACGAGAUGGUCCGCGACGGCGUUAACGCCAGCGGCGCCGUCGUCCCCCUGACGCCGUCCACCAGCGAACACGACAUGCGGCUCGCGAUCGGCGCGCACAUAUGCGCCGGGAUACGCGCCGCCGUGCUGCACCAAACGGGGUUCACCAUGAGCGGCGGCGUGGCGCACAACAAGAUGCUCGCGAAGCUGGCGUCGGCGAGAAAUAAACCAAACAAACAGACGGCGGUGAGCGCGAGGGCGGUGACGGAGAUGAUGGAGUCGCUGCCGAUGCGUUCGAUCAAGGGUUUGGGGGGUAAGCUCGGCGAGAAGGUAG